UGCUUUAGACCGCACGGUUUACAAAACCAAACCGGGUUCAAUUAAAUUACAAACCGCAAUCAAAGAAGAAAAGCUGACGGCCGUCGCUAAACCCUCCGGCGGACUCUUCAAUUCACCGUCGAAAAUCACCAACCCGAUUAUACCAUCUCUUUUAGUCUCUCAUCUCUACUUCUCUAAGCUAACCGAAACCUUUUGGUGGGAAUCGUCGAAAGUUUUCAAGACACCUGAAUUGCAUGUAUGUUGAGACAAAUUCCAACCUGCAAAGGUGGGCGCUUUACACGAGUUUUGCAAUCUAUCGGAUCAGUUAUUAGAGAAUUUUCAGCAUCUGCAAAUGCUUUGCAAGACUGUUGGAAAAAUGGGAAUGAAAGUAAAGAGAUUGAUGAUGUUCACACACUUUUCAGAUAUUGCACUAAUUUGCAAUCAGCCAAAUGUCUCCACGCACGUCUCGUUGUCUCCAAACAAAUCCAAAAUGUUUGUAUCUCUGCUAAACUUGUUAAUCUCUAUUGUUACCUUGGCAAUGUCGCAUUGGCUAGGCACACGUUUGAUCAUAUCCAGAACAGAGAUGUAUACGCUUGGAAUUUGAUGAUUUCUGGUUAUGGCCGUGCGGGAAAUUCUUCAGAAGUGAUUAGGUGUUUUAGUCUCUUUAUGUUGAGUUCUGGACUUACACCUGAUUACAGGACUUUUCCUUCGGUUUUGAAAGCUUGUAGGACUGUGAUUGAUGGGAAUAAGAUUCAUUGCUUGGCUUUGAAGUUUGGGUUUAUGUGGGAUGUCUAUGUUGCUGCCUCGUUGAUUCAUUUGUACUCUCGAUAUAAAGCUGUGGGGAAUGCACGUAUACUGUUUGAUGAAAUGCCUGUAAGAGAUAUGGGUUCUUGGAAUGCAAUGAUUUCUGGGUAUUGUCAAAGCGGAAAUGCUAAAGAGGCGUUAACUCUGUCUAAUGGGUUGAGAGCUAUGGAUUCAGUUACCGUUGUGAGUCUCCUUUCGGCUUGCACUGAAGCCGGUGAUUUCAAUAGAGGAGUUACUAUUCAUUCAUACUCGAUAAAACAUGGUCUGGAGUCCGAAUUGUUUGUUUCCAACAAGCUGAUUGAUUUGUAUGCUGAAUUUGGUAGGCUUAGGGAUUGCCAGAAGGUUUUUGAUAGGAUGUAUGUGAGGGAUUUGAUUUCUUGGAAUUCGAUAAUUAAGGCGUACGAGCUGAAUGAGCAGCCGCUUAGAGCGAUUUCGUUGUUUCAGGAGAUGCGGUUGAGUAGAAUUCAACCAGAUUGCCUUACUUUGAUUAGUUUGGCUUCUAUACUAUCACAGUUAGGGGACAUUCGUGCUUGUAGAUCUGUGCAGGGUUUCACUUUGAGGAAAGGCUGGUUCUUGGAAGAUAUUACCAUCGGGAAUGCUGUUGUGGUUAUGUAUGCAAAACUAGGCCUUGUAGAUUCAGCAAGAGCAGUGUUUAAUUGGCUUCCGAAUACAGAUGUUAUUUCAUGGAAUACCAUAAUCUCGGGUUAUGCUCAAAACGGUUUUGCUAGUGAAGCAAUUGAAAUGUAUAACAUAAUGGAGGAAGAAGGUGAAAUAGCCGCUAACCAAGGGACUUGGGUGAGUGUUUUGCCCGCUUGUUCGCAGGCUGGAGCGUUGCGUCAAGGUAUGAAACUCCAUGGCCGUCUCUUGAAGAACGGUCUUUAUUUGGAUGUUUUUGUUGUUACAAGCCUUGCUGAUAUGUAUGGAAAGUGUGGACGACUAGAGGAUGCCCUCUCUUUGUUUUAUCAAAUCCCAAGAGUCAACUCUGUGCCAUGGAACACCCUAAUAGCGUGUCACGGGUUUCACGGGCAUGGCGAGAAAGCAGUGAUGCUGUUCAAAGAAAUGCUGGAUGAAGGAGUGAAGCCAGAUCACAUUACAUUUGUGACUCUGUUAUCGGCUUGUAGCCAUUCUGGGUUAGUAGACGAGGGUCAAUGGUGCUUUGAGAUGAUGCAAACGGAUUAUGGGAUAACACCGAGCUUGAAACAUUACGGUUGUAUGGUAGAUAUGUAUGGUCGAGCUGGUCAGUUAGAAACCGCGUUGAAGUUUAUAAAAAGUAUGUCGCUUCAGCCUGAUGCAUCCAUUUGGGGAGCUCUUCUCAGCGCUUGUAGAGUCCAUGGGAAUGUUGAUCUUGGCAAGAUCGCAUCUGAACAUUUGUUCGAGGUUGAACCUGAGCAUGUCGGGUAUCAUGUUCUAUUGUCAAACAUGUAUGCUAGUGCUGGAAAAUGGGAAGGAGUUGAUGAAAUACGUUCAAUAGCCCAUGGCAAAGGUUUGAGGAAGACACCGGGUUGGAGCUCAAUGGAAGUAGACAACAAAGUCGAAGUCUUUUACACGGGAAACCAAACGCAUCCAAUGUAUGAAGAGAUGUACAGAGAAUUAACGGCAUUACAAGCGAAACUGAAGAUGAUUGGGUAUGUACCGGACCAUAGAUUUGUGUUGCAGGAUGUUGAAGACGACGAGAAAGAGCAUAUCCUCAUGAGUCAUAGUGAAAGAUUAGCUAUUGCAUUUGCACUUAUCGCCACUCCUGCAAAGACAACGAUUCGGAUUUUUAAGAAUCUAAGGGUAUGCGGCGAUUGCCAUAGCGUAACCAAGUUCAUAUCGAAAAUCACUGAGAGAGAGAUCAUUGUGAGGGAUUCAAACCGGUUUCAUCAUUUCAAGAAUGGAGUCUGCUCUUGCGGUGAUUACUGGUGACGGCAUAGAAAACCGAUUAGUCAAUAUCCAAAAACCGGUUCCAAUUCAAUUGUGAACCGGUUAAUCAUGGUCUAGGAAGACUUUGGGUGGGAAAAAGAUUCCAACUUUGCUUACGAAGGUUAAGUCGCAACAAAGAAAGCUUCUUUAUUUCCGCCAUGGACACAGCCUGUCGUAGUCAUGUGGACAGCUUGUGGUUUACUUUAGCAGAAAGUCACUCGCAAAGGACGAGACGUGUGAACGGUUUCAAUCGUUGAAUCCUCAACGUUUGGUUAUAAUAGUUUAUUAAGUUACCUAAAAGAAGGAACUUUGUUUUUCCUCUUUAAAAGAAAAUAUCUUUUUGAGAGUAAACAAUUUAGUUGAAACAAUGUAAUCAGUCUUUUUUUAAUUAGUUUGUCGGAGGUAAUAAUUACAUAAACACACAUCGAAGCUGGUGGUAAUCGUUUAAUGAAACAUCCAAUGAUUUAUAUUCGAAUGUAAUCGAUUUUCUUCUUGAAAUAAUAACACGACUUUAUUAUUUU